AUGUUGAAGAAUGACAGAUUGGCAACUUUACAACCAACUUUACAUCCUACGUCAGAAGAAUUGGCGAUAGGUUCAGUCAGAUUUACCACCUUUGAUUUAGGCGGUCACUUGCAAGCGAGGCGCCUUUGGAAGGAUUACUUUCCAGAGGUGAAUGGUAUAGUCUUUUUAGUGGAUGCAGCAGAUCCAGAGAGAUUUGCUGAAUCGAAGGCCGAGUUAGAGUCAUUGUUCAGAAUUGAAGAACUUUCAAACGUGCCUUUUUUGAUAUUAGGCAAUAAGAUUGACUCACCAACUGCUGUAGGAGAGAUCGAACUUAAGACAGCCUUAGGAUUAUACAACACAACGGGUAAGGACACAGGAAAGUUGAAUGAUGGCCAGAGACCUAUCGAAGUUUUUAUGGUUUCUGUCGUCAUGAGGUCUGGAUACAGCGAGGGUUUCAAGUGGCUCUCUCAAUAUAUUUAG